AUGGCUCAAUCAACCAAAACAGAACUGGAAAACGGCAAACUCUUCACAGAGCAUGCAACCCAUGUCUUUGAUUUGGCAUUGUUCGAAAGCGUCUCCCAUGUUCUGUCCGACUUUCUAUGGAAAGGAACAUCGCCAUCUAUGGGAGAUAUCCAUGGCAUUGCUGUCAAAGCAUGGAUUAACCUCCAAUUGAAUCAGCUCACAAACAAAGAUUUUAUAAACUCGUUCGCAAUCACACAGAAAAACUGGCCAGGGGCGACAGAGUAUGAAAAGGCAGCCACCGACCCAUGGGCAGUAGGAGCCAAGACAGCUGGCAGGUGUGGAUGGUACUUCCAACAACUACAGAAAGCUGGUACAAGGAAUCCCUGGGAAGCUGCCCCAAUUUUUGGAAUUCUGGCCAUGUUCAGCAUGCUUCCAACAGUUAAUGCCCAACAAACUCAGUCUCCAUUCCCUGAUAUCCCAUUUUCAGUCUUCAGUGAAUUCAUUGCAUCCAACUUUAGCUCCAAAAUUUCACUAUCAACUGUGCUGUUAGUACUGUUUACCAUGACUAACAACACAACACUUCUGAGCUUACAUGCAAGACAACAAAUUUCAAAGUAUCCAGGAGAGCGAAAGACUCAUACCACUGGCUGGAUCACAGGGUUAAUUAGGGCUUUAACUGAUCAAUUGGGCAAUAAGAAAGACAGAUUGUUCAAAAAGUCUGAAAACAAAGGGGGAAUGAAUGAAGAUCAGGUGUUUGUAGCAUUGGGAAAUAAGCUUGACCUUUUUGCAAAAAUGUUGCAGUUACAUCCCAUUGACAAGGAUGGAAAGUUCAAAGGGAAAAUGAAACCUAUAUCCCAUGAUGAGCUCAAGCCUGUUAUUAUGAUAUGCCCUGAUGCAGUUGAAUGUGAAACAAUGACAUGCAAUCCACGGUCACUACUCCAGAAUGUUCGACCACGAGAUAUUCCUGAAGUUACAUUGAUAAAAGGCACUGACAUUUAUAAGAAAAGCUAUGUCCUUACUGGUCUUUGCCCAAAAUGUCAGACCCAAUAUUCUGCUGAUCGUGAACGAGUAGUUGGACAGACUGGGUCAUUUGAUCAAGUAUACUUGAACUCUGCUGUAUACUUGAAAGUGGGCCAGAAUGUUUGGGUUGAUUGUAUUUUUUCAUCAGCUGUUUUAAAUGCAAUGUAUAAUUUUCAUGCAUCUGCAAAUGCCUACACUGACUUUUGGAAUAACACUUUUGGAGAAUUAUGUAAGGGCAAACUAAUAAAGAUCUCACGUCGUCAAGUCUGGCAGGCAUUUGUUCAGGAGUCUAUACGAACAAUAGCAGAUGUAUCAGAUCAGACCUUGAUUCUUAAAGAUGGACUGUCCAUUGAUGAGGUAACUAGUGAGGCAUUCAGUAAACUGGGAGCAAAUGGAAUAAUUCUUCCUGCGGGUCAACACUCCUGUUCUGAGUGUACCCAAAAAUACAAAAAGAAAGCUGAUUUUCUCACUGGUGAUGAUCCUGCUGCCUUAGUUGGUAGAGAUGAGAACAGAGUUGUACCUUCUCUGACUGGAGAAGGGGCAGCAGAUGCUGCACAAGAUGCUGCAAGAGCAAGAGAGCUUGCAUCUCGUGUGCAGGAGGACUCAGAUGAUGAGCCUAUGGAUGUUGAUCAUGCACCUGUUAAGAUGGACCAACUCAUUGUGCAUAUGGUGAUUGCACAUCAGCACUUGGCAAUGCUCGAGGAGGUGUCUUUUGUCCUGUGCAUGAAACUGAAUAUGGAACAAAGUGUCAUUGUACAAAUACAAAGAAGUCCUUCACGGUUUUAUUGUGUUGAGACAAUCACUGCUCCUUGUGGUGUUGUUAUUGCCUGGGCUAAAUUUCCUAAGUCUGAAUCUCCCACAAAUAUUCUUAACUUUCUGGAGUCAGUUUAUCCUACUGCUGAAUCACGUCCAGAUUACAUCUGUAUUGAUAAGGCUUGUCUACUACUACGAACAGCGAUAAGCAAUGGAAGCUGGGACAGAAUCUGGAAACAUACAACACAGUUCAUUGUUGAUAGUUACCACUAUAUUAAUCACCGUGUUGGUGAUUAUAUUUGUCGCAAAUGGUGUAAUCCUGCACCAUUGAAUGGCUCAGCCCCAAAUUUAGUUGUUGUCGAAAAAGACAAACAUGGUCGACCAUACUACAAGCGAGCAUUUAACACACAGGCCUGUGAACAGUUGAAUGCCUGGUUGGGUGGUUUUGAGUCCAUCCUGAAAAGGAUGACACAGGGAAACUUUGAUUGGUUUUUGUCCAUAGCUAGCAAAACAAUCUCGGUGGCAUCAAAAUGGGCGACCAUCAGCCUCAGCCACACUGUGUAUGCCUUUCGCAAGCUAGUGCAACUGGCAGCAUUUCAGAGUUAG